AUCUAAACAUAACUCGUGCAAAUAAGGACGGUAACACUCCGCUCGGGCUGGAAUUUUGGCCCAGGAACCAAGGGGUUACGAAGCUGUUGCGUAGCUGCAAAUAUAUCAAAUACUAACACGCAAGGCGAAGAUGAAAAACUACUGCGCCUAUCACCCCACCUCAUGGCUGUUGACUGUUCUAGGUGGACGAACCUAUUCGAGUGUGGGAAAGUCUCAACUACCGAUACCCUUCAGGAGAUUCGGUGAGUGACCCUACUUGCACAUGCCCCCCCCCCGGGGCCACCGCUCGGUUCGCCUUGUUAUGUUUACUUUUUCCUGACCUUGCAGCUUCUGAUUCACCUCGGGACAAUUCUUUCACUUUAGAGUUUUCUGUACCACAUGUUUUUUUUACAUUUCAAUUUUCACUUUUUGUUUAUUCCGGGAUUCCCCGCUAUUCGCAUGUCUACGCCGCUCUCAUGAUGGCUUGGAGGUUCGGUCAGAAUGUUACAGGGGACGACCCGGUGCGAACCACGGAGAAUACAGUGAGCACAGGGUACCAUUCUCCUCGGGUGCUAGAAGGUGAGUAAGGCUUGAUCCCUAGACAAAUGCACAGGCUCAAAGCUAUCAAUCAUAGUGGAUCUUGCGCUCUAGAGGGGGGAGCGAAGCAUGUGCCAAACCAUGUUUGUCUGGUGUUACCGUGUUACCGAGUGAUAUUCUGUGCUUAUUCCACUUAUCUAUCACAAUGCAUAGCAAUAGUCAGUCUUAUAUUGACCUAUUGCGCGUCUCGACCAGCCACGAGUACGUCACCAUGAUGGGACUUUUUAGGUCUUGAUUUGGAAGAUUAUGGAGCUGUUUGGGACACCCUUUACCGCCGUUGCAAACAAUCAUCUCCAACCAAGGACAGAAACGGACCAAUCGCAACGCUCGAUAAGACUAAUUAUGUAAGAGGAAUCGGGCUAUGAUUGGACCGUUUAUCACACAGGCUUCAUUACAAACAACCGUUUGUAAAGACGGUGAAGGCCGUGCCAAAUACCGGCAGUCCGCAGCGCUGGUGCUUCGUCACAACCUGAGAACGCUGGUAUUGAUAAAAGGAUGUGUGGUAUGGUAGGCCUGGUCGCAUAGAAGCUAUGAGGGGGUAGGCACCCCACAGCGGUCCCGCAUCUCCGCGCUGGGGGCCCUGAUUUAUGCCCUUUUAUGGGAGCGUUCUGGAAAUUAUUUCGCUCUCCGGAGGCUAUUUGUACAGUACUGGUUUUCUUCGUUCCUUUCCCUAUUCCCCACCGAGCCUAGGCGAGACCCCCAGAAUCCUUUUGUACGGGGUAUUUUUGUUAGGAUCGAUGGAGAUGGUGAGUUGUGGUUGAUGAUGGAAGGUUCGGGGAGGAUGACGGCAGGUCAAUGUUGUUUCUGGAAACUCAUGAGAGUAUGUUUGAUUGUUGAGUGCAUGGUAGAUAUUCCGAAAGGUUUGAAGAGGAUUCCAUAAAUAUGCUUCUCCGUUGUUAUCACUGAAGUGCACGAAGGAACUUGGACAUGUGUGGAACCAUGCAGGUCGGUAUAAUGAUCCAUGCAAGGAUCAGAUUGCUUUGGUGAUGUUUUAAAUAUACCGGUACAUGCACGCCUGUAGUUACAGAUUAGUUAGUCGUGGGGUGAGAAGGCUACGAAAAAUGAAGUUCAUACCUUCCUAUUUUCCCCGACCACAGCGAAGUCCCAUCCUAUGGUACUCUUCUCGUUCUACCGCUGCGCCGUUUCCUAGCAACCUUUCCUCAGAUAUUCUUUUAAACCCAUAUUUUGGAGGGAUGUUUUUUGUUUCUUUCUAACCUGGAAAUUAGUAUGUAGAUUUACACUAACCUAUGACGGUUGACCUUUUUGUGCUAUUCUCGAGAUAUUUCUGUAUUAUCGACAACUAAAAUACGGCAUAUAUAUUAUAUACCGUAUAUAAAAAAGACAUUUUGCGGGGUUCUAAAGCCAAGACUCCCUCACCAACCAUCUGCUCCGAACGGUGGAACGGAAAGUAUAUACUGUAUUACCGCGGUUGAUAUAAUAUAGAACCCCUCCCUAUUCCAGUAUAACAAAUCACCGAACUCACCGAGCAUGCGGCACGAAACGAUCUGAAGGGAUAUGUCGAUCACAGUGGUUCAUAUGAGAAAGAUUCAAAUCACAGAAUAAGUUUAGGUGCUAGGAGAUGUCUCCAAUCCGUUCGGAGACUUUUUCUCGGUAGCCUGAGACUCUGUCUGUGGUCAUUUGGGGGUGUGGGGUGGUGGUGGGGAUGGUGAGACUUUUUGUAUAGUAGAGCAUACGGCGCUAUUAUCUCUCCGAGCGUGGUACUCUACUCUGAAAUGUGGUAAGUCCCGGGAGGCGACAUCCGUAAUCAGGCACCAGUUCUUCUAUCAUACUUCUGGUGGUUGCGCUCAGGUUUAGGUGAUCAGGUGGGUGU